CCCCUCCUCCCGUCCAAGCAGCUGCGUAUGGGAGGCAACGGGGUGUGUCACCGCUCAGGCGACCCUCGGUUCUCGCGUCGUAAAUCCGGAAAGCUGGGACUUUCAUGAGGCUGGAAGAGGGCACUGGAGCGAUGCCACUUUGGGGGGGGCGGGCAUGGAGCGAGCUGGAGUUUCGGCCAAGACUUGUGCGAAAUGUCAGCCUGGGCUUCUGCCCACCACAGCCUUACCGGGAGCCAGAGCCAUCCGUGGCUGAACCCCCAUCAUGCCCCCUGGCUUUGGACAUGAGCCUUCGGGACUCCAGCUACAGCGCAGCCCCUGGGCCCUGCGUGGUGGCCCAGCUGCCCUCUGAAGACAUGGGCCACUUGACAGAUCCCCAGAGCAGAGACCAUGGCUUCCUGCGCACCAAGAUGAAGGUGACCCUGGGGGACAAUCCCAGUGGAGAACUCUUUACCUGCCACAUCUGCCAGAAGGCCUUCACCUACCAGCGCAUGCUCAAUCGCCACAUGAAAUGUCACAACGACGUCAAGAGGCACCUCUGCACAUACUGCGGGAAGGGCUUCAAUGACACCUUUGACCUCAAGAGACAUGUCCGAACUCACACCGGCGUGAGGCCCUACAAGUGCAGCCUCUGUGACAAGGCCUUCACCCAGCGCUGCUCUCUGGAGUCUCACCUCAAGAAGAUCCACGGAGUGCAGCAGAAGUACGCGUACAAGGAACGGCGGGCCAAGCUCUACGUGUGCGAGGAGUGCGGCUGCACGUCCGAGAGCCAGGAAGGCCACAUCCUGCACCUGAAGGAGCACCACCCCGACAGCCCGCUGCUGCGCAAGACCUCCAAGAAGGUCGCUGUGGCCCUACAGAACACCGUCACUUCCCUGCUGCAGGGCAGUCCCCACCUCUGAGUGACACGAGUCCCAGGGAUGCGCCCAGAGGUCCUGAGAAGGUCCAGGGUCACUCCUGUUGCCCUGCCAGUCCACCCUCCUGCGGCUUCUUGCCAGAACACCAGUGAUCACGCGUGGAGCCUCUGUGCCUCGGUCUCCCCCCAGGCACGCCUCGUCGCUUAGGCCCAGCACUGACCUCUGAUCAUUUUUGCAUUUUUGUCUCAUGGACCGAGGCCGUGCUGAGCCUGGGAAAGCGUGAAUAUGUCUGGGGCAGGGGUGAGGCCAGGGGUGCCUUCAAUGAGAAGCGACUACCUGUGGAGACAAGCACUGUUUCCUUGGCAGCAGGAGUUCCUUCCCAGAGGAGGUGCACACAGGAUCUGCUGCUCCUCUGAGCAGAGGGUCAGGGCCUGGGUCGCCCGUGGGUGUCAAGAGUGAAGAGCACUGGGAAAUAGCACCCCACAGACAACUGCAGUGGGGGGCUGGUGGUGGCCCACCUACCUGGCAGGGUAGGUGCUCAGGGUUCCAGGGGAUGCUCUGCCCUUCUGACAGAGAGAAAUGCACGUGUGUGCACAUCUGUGUGCAUGCGUUUCUUAUGUGUGUAGCACUGCUCAGAAAUGUGUGUUGUACACACGUGCGUGCACUUGUGUGUGUGCAUGCACACAGAGGAGGCCUUUCCACAUCUCACCUCAUUUUUAAGAUAUCAACUACAAGGUGCCAAGGAGGUUUGUUCCUUUUUUAAAGAUGACAAAUGUACAGAUAUUAAUAUAUUUUUGGUGCCAAUGGCUACUGUUUUUAAGAGAGGGGUGGAGCUGGCUUUUCUCCAUUCCCACGUGGUUCUAUUUAUCCUGGACAUUUCAACCUCCUCUAUGCCUUGGGUCUGGGAUGGCUGCCCCACCCACCCGUUCUUUGUACUUCCUGAGAUAUUUAACUGAAGACCUUCCUCCAUCCCCGCCCUGGAGGACAGGCUGCUCCCUCCAGCCUUCCCCUUCUGCAGGUCAGGGCCUCUCAUCCACGUCUGCUUCCUCCUGCCUGUACCUCCCUGCCCUUUCAAGGCAAGUCCCAGGAUUCCCAGAGAGCCCAUUUGCCCUGUGAUGGUAUUUAUGGAAUAACUCACCUGGAGGCUGAGGAGGUGUUCUGAGUUCUGGGGGUCAGCAGGUGGGAUGAUGAGUCUUUGACUCCUAGUCCACCGCCUGAAGUACUAAGCAAGCACAAGGCCAAGCUGGAAGGACGGCCUUUUCCUGGUUGAGUCAAAAACCCUAGUACAGCAGCAGAAAACUGGGACAGAACGACAACCGACACGUCAGAAACUUGCAGAGGGAAGAAUACGAGUACCAUAACAUCGGUUAGGUGUCGCCUAUUUUCGAUCUGAAAUGGUAGACUGGGGAUUUGAGUGUCCGUGGAGAGUUGUCCUGGCCUAAUUGACCACUUUGGUGUGCCUGGGCUUACUGGUGAUAAUGGCAAAGGGAGAGUCGGGCAGGGUUUAGAGCCAGCCUGCCUAAGAGCCAGAGAGAUAAACUCAAAAGAUGACCCCAGGACACAGCAGGCUGGGUAGACCCUGAGGCCAAACCCCCAUCAGGAGCAGCCUCAGCCUCCCCUGUCCUGGAAGAGUAGUGUCUACACAGCCCCAGGCUGGCCUGAGAGGAAGGUGCCUCCUUGGCCUUCUGAAACAGGCAGAGACUGAUCGGGAGGACUCGUCUGAUUUAACUUCAGUGUCUGGGGAGCUGCUGUAUUCUGGAAGUUAUAUGGUAUAAAGUAACAUUGUCCGGAAGCUCUGUUUUUGUUUACAUGUCUGUAUCUCUGGGUUCUGAGGCAGUCACUAGGCUCUGUGUUAUCUGUUUUAUUUUAUAACUUUUCCCCAACCCACCCCUCACUAUUAAAAUCAAA